CAGCGCGCAGCUGUCAGUGCAGGAAGAUGGCGGAGGGCGGAGUGGUUGAUCUGGAGACUCAGAGAUCCGAAGUGUCAGCGCUGCUGAAAACCCCUCUCCGGAGAGGAGACACCUGGUACUUGAUUGAUAGUCGUUGGUUCAAGCAGUGGAAGAAAUAUGUGGGCUUUGACAGCUGGGACAAGUACCAGAUGGGAGAUCAGAAUGUGUAUCCAGGUCCCAUUGAUAAUUCUGGACUCCUUAAAGAUACUGAUACACAGUCUCUCAAGGAGCAUCUUAUUGAUGAGCUUGAUUACAUUCUGUUGCCUAUUGAAGGCUGGAACAAGCUUGUUAGCUGGUACACAGUUAUGGAGAAUCAGGAACCCAUAGCUCGCAAGGUUGUUGAACAGGGUAUGUUUGUAAAGCACUGCAAAGUCGAAGUUUACCUAACCGAAUUAAAGCUAUGCGAGAAUGGCAAUAUGAACAAUGUGAUAACAAGAAGAUUUAGUAAAGCUGACACAAUAGACAUGAUUGAGAAGGAGAUGAGAAAAAUCUUCAGUAUUCCAGAUGAAAAAGAGACCAGACUGUGGAACAAAUAUAUGAGCAAUACAUUUGAACCUCUAAAUAAACCUGAAAGCACUAUACAGGAUGCUGGCUUAUACCAAGGACAGAUGCUGGUAAUAGAACAAAGAAAUCAAGAUGGUCAGUGGCCAAGAGGUUCAUUGCCGAAGUUACCAGGUGCAACACAUUUUUCAGCAUUACCAAAGGUUUCUCCUCCAUCCCUAUCAAAUAAUUAUAGCAACUUCAACAACAGAAAUGUGAAAAAUUCCAACUAUUGCCUACCUUCAUAUGCUGCCUACAAGAACUAUGAAUACUCUGAGCCAGGAAGGAACAAUGAGCAGCCAGGACUCUGUGGCCUAAGUAACCUGGGGAACACUUGUUUUAUGAAUUCUGCAAUUCAGUGUUUGAGCAAUACUCCACCACUAACUGAGUACUUCCUUAAUGAUAAGUAUCAAGAUGAGUUGAACCUGGACAACCCUUUAGGCAUGAGAGGAGAAAUUGCCAAGUCUUACGCAGAGCUCAUCAAGCAAAUGUGGUCAGGGAAAUACAGCUACGUAACUCCCCGAGCAUUUAAGACUCAGGUAGGCCGUUUUGCACCUCAGUUUUCUGGUUAUCAACAGCAGGAUUGCCAAGAACUACUCGCUUUCUUAUUAGAUGGCUUGCAUGAAGAUUUAAAUCGAAUUAGAAAGAAGCCUUAUAUCCAACUCAAGGAUGCGGACGGGAGGCCAGACAAGGUAGUUGCCGAAGAGGCCUGGGAGAACCAUAUUAAAAGAAAUGACUCCGUUAUUGUUGAUAUUUUUCAUGGUUUAUUUAAAUCCACCUUAGUUUGUCCCGAAUGUGCAAAAAUUUCUGUGACAUUUGAUCCUUUUUGUUACCUAACACUUCCACUACCAAUGAAAAAAGAACGCACACUGGAAGUAUAUCUUGUUAGAAUGGACCCCCUUACCAAACCUAUGCAGUACAAAGUCAUCGUUCCAAAGAUUGGAAACAUUAUGGACCUUUGCACGGCCCUCUCUUCACUGUCUGACAUUCCACCAGAGAAGAUGGUGGUGACAGAUAUUUACAACCAUAGGUUUCACCGAAUAUUUGCUAUGGAUGAAAACUUGAGUAGUAUUAUGGAACGUGAUGAUAUUUAUGUAUUUGAAACGUCCAUCAACAGGGCAGAAGAUACGGAGCAAGUCAUAAUUCCUAUUUAUUUACGAGAGAAGUUCCGCCAUACCAGUUACAGCCAUCACCAUGGGUCAACGUUGUUUGGCCAACCUUUUCUUUUAACUGUGCCUAGAAACAUCACUGAAGAUAAGCUGUAUACUCUGCUUUUAGCGAGAAUGUGCCGAUAUGUAAAAUUCACAAAUGACAGCGAAGAAAAUGAUGGUCCUUUACACUGUAAUAAAGAACAUACUGUAAAUGGGAAUGGUCCAAAUGGUAUCCAUGAAGAGGGUUCCCCAAGUGAAAUGGAAACUGAUGAACCUGAUGAUGAGUCUAGCCAGGAUCAGGAGCUUCCUUCGGAGAAUGAGAACAGUCAGUCAGAAGACUCUGUUGGAGGCGAUAACGACUCAGAAAAUGGACUGUGCGAAGAAACCUGCAAAGGACAAUCAGUCACAGGGCAGAAAAAACGCUUCUUUACAUUCCAGUUUACUAACUUAGGCAAUGCUGACAUCAGUUACAUCAAAGAUGAUACUCGAUACAUCAGAUUUGAUGACAGACAACUCAGGCUCGAUGAAAGUUCCUACCUUGCCUUGGACUGGGAUCUAAAAAUGAAGAAAAAAUACUUUGAUGAAAAUGCAGCAGAGGACUUUGAAAAGCACGAAAGUGUAGAUUUCAUCCCCCAAAAAAAGUCUUUUAUGAAAUUAAAAGAUUGCAUUGAACUUUUUACCACAAAGGAAAAGCUAGGUGCCGAGGAUCCAUGGUAUUGCCCAAACUGCAAAGAACAUCAGCAAGCAACCAAAAAAUUAGAUCUCUGGUCUUUACCUCCGGUUCUUGUGGUGCACUUGAAACGCUUUUCAUAUAGUAGAUACAUGAGGGAUAAACUGGAUACAUUAGUUGAUUUUCCUGUAAGUGAUUUGGACAUGUCAAAAUUCCUCAUCAAUCCAAAUGCUGGCCCUUGUUGCUACAAUUUAAUAGCUGUAUCAAAUCACUAUGGAGGAAUGGGAGGUGGCCAUUACACAGCCUUUGCAAAAAAUAAAGAUGAUGGGAAAUGGUAUUACUUUGAUGAUAGUAGUGUUUCCACUGCAUCUGAAGAUCAGAUAGUGUCCAAAGCAGCAUAUGUUCUGUUUUAUCAACGGCAAGAUACCAUUAGCGGAACUGGCUUCUUCCCUCUGGACAGAGAAGUCAGGAAAGGUGCUUCAGCUGCCACUGGUGCCCCACUGGAGAGUGACGAGGAGACGAAUGAGAAUGAAAAUGACCUCGAGAAUGAAAACUGUAUGCAUACCAACUAAAUAAAAGGGGCCUGUGAUAAACAUCCAUAGGAAUGGCAAUCGCCUUUUAAUAAGACAAAGUAGCUGCCAUUUUUUUUUUCUUUACUGAAAUAAAGAAGGUGAAUCUCAGCUGGCAGAAUGUAACAUUUUUGUGUGUUUUUAUAAUUUUUUUUUUAAUUACCUUUUAUUUCAGUAUUCCAUGACAGGAGAAUGCAGUGAGAUCUGUGUCUGAACAAUCUCUGCUCCAUGUAGACUUGUUUCUGCAAGCCAUUCAUAGCAAAGGAGAUAAAAAAAAAAAAAUUCUGCUGCUUUUGCUAGUUUAUGCUGUUACAUGACAUCUCUUAAAUCCUCAAAGGCUCACAGUGCUGGGUAUUCGGUGUAGGCAUGUGAUCUGCUGAGCCCUUGAGGGUAGAAAGAGCAAUAGAUACUGUGUUAUCAGUUUCUCUAGGUUUUUAUUUCUAGAUAUUUUUUUCUUUAGUUUCAUUUCCAAGGCAGAACUAGAGCCUUUUUGGUGUGUUUUGUUCUGAUUGAUAUAUAUAUAUAUAUAUAUAUAUAUAUAUAUAUAUAUAUAUAGUUCAGUUAUUUAAAAUAUAGAUUAUACUUUUUGUCUUUGGAAUUGCUGUAAACCACUUACCAUCUGAAUAAUGACAAGGGGGGUAGCAAAGGUGUUUUAGCCUUUUAAGAGAUAUAGUUUCCAGUUUUAUUUAAAGCUGUGUAAUGGAUUUAGGAGUUCACAAUGCUGUGUCAAAAAUUUGUUUGAAAUGUAAGUUUCCCUUGUCACUUGUUAAAUUCCUAUUAUAUUUGCUUAAAACCGGUACAUUUUCUGAUCUUCUGUCAGUCAAACAUUCAGCUUUGUGUCGUAAGUCCCACCCAUCCACUUAUUUCAUUUUGGGAGCUUGAAGCUCUUGUGUGACACUGUAAAUGUCUGAAAGAUCAUCUAUAAUGGCGCUCUGUGCCGCUGACAAAGACUGUGGAAUAAACUUCAAUGUUCUGUUUAGUUCAUAUGACUUUUUAUAGUGUUUGACUUUAUCCAAGAUAGGUCUGUGGAAUUUCGCGUUCUCCCUUUAAAAGUCACCAUGGCCUUACAGCUCAUCUCAAAGGGUAAAUUGUUCUGAAGAUAGAAAAACUGACGUUUGCAUGUUCAAUUAUCCGAAUUUGUACUGUGUAUAUUGCAAUCAAGCCUUGGAUUUAAUGUUGGCUAACUGCUUUCAAGGGUCCAGGAUGCCAAAAAAAAAAAAAAAAUCCUAGAAAACAUUGAACAUUUUGUAAGACAAGUUGUUUAUUUGCUGCUUUACUCGUGAACUUGUUUGAAGAAUGUAUUGUUGUUUUGUACACUGCCUAUGACAGGACUCUGUAAAUGGUGGGACAUGCUUUACAUAUCUACUACCUGACAAUUUCUUUACUGUCCCGGCAGAGAAAAACUUAUUAACAAAAAGAGGAGGAAAAAAGUCUAACGUUCUUCAUUUGAACCAAUGUAAUAAAAAUACAAUAGGUUUUAAAUUGUGUAUUGUAAAUAAAAGUUCACUCUGUGAGUGCACAUUUUGGUAAAUUAUUUUAUUUAUACAUUAGCAUUAAGAAUACAAGGAAAUGUAUAAGACCAGGAGACAUGAGGGUAUGGCUUUGCUUCCUAGCUCGCUGUUAAAGCUGAUGUGAUUAUAUCCUGGUAUUUUAAAGCUGCUUUGUUUUUCAUUUUUUAACGUCAGAUGUUAGCCUUCUGCAUGAUGAAGGUUACAGGUUUGUCUGCACUUUACGUUCACUUGGGUUUACAUUUAAAAUGUGCAUGAUUAAUUUAUUUAUAUAAAUUUAAAUAAAGUUGUUGAAGGCCUUA